AUGUUAUCCGCUGCUGUAGGAAAAGCCGCCGCUACUUCCAGUCGUCUGACUGUUGUUAAAGUGGUCCGUGCCGCCAGUACGUUCCGUGUCGAGACGGACUCGAUUGGAGAGGUUAAAGUAGAUGAUUCCAAGUACUGGGGCGCACAGACGCAGCGCAGCCUUGAGAACUUUCCAAUUGGUGGUGCUCGUGAGCGUAUGCCUAUUCCUGUAAUUAAGGCAUUUGGUGUCGUGAAGAAGUGCGCAGCCAAGUACAAUCUAGAGAAGGGAAAGCUUGAGGCGACAGUCGCUGAGAAGAUCAUUGCUGCAGCUGAUGACGUCAUUGCUGGCAAAUUGGACGACCAUUUCCCUCUCGUCGUCUUUCAGACGGGCUCAGGGACUCAAUCCAAUAUGAAUACGAAUGAGGUCAUCAGUAACCGUGCCAUUGAAUUGGCCGGCGGUGUGCUCGGUAGCAAGACGCCUGUGCAUCCAAAUGACCAUGUGAAUAUGGGCCAAUCGUCGAAUGACUCGUUUCCGACGGCCAUGCAUAUUGCUGCUGUACAGGAGGUUCAUCGUGUGCUACUUCCUGGACUCUACAAAUUACAUGAUGCUCUGGACGUUAAGGUGAAAGAGUUCGACGACAUUAUCAAGAUCGGACGCACUCACACGCAGGACGCAACGCCGCUGACUCUUGGACAAGAGUUUUCUGGCUAUCGCGAGCAGAUUGCUGUCUCUAUUGAGCGUGUAGAGCGUGUUCUGCCUAAUUUGUGCAAGUUAGCACUUGGCGGAACGGCUGUAGGCACGGGUUUAAAUACGUCCAAGGGCUAUGAUGCUGAGAUCGCCAAGAUUAUUGCGGAAGAGACCAAGCUGCCGUUCAUCACCGCCCCCAAUAAGUUUGAGGCGCUUGCUGCCCAUGAUGCCGUCGUGGAGGCCAGUGGUGUGAUGAACACCAUUGCCUGCUCCCUCAUGAAGAUCGCCAACGACAUUCGUUUUCUCGGUUCGGGCCCGCGCAGUGGUCUGGGAGAGCUCACACUACCCGCGAAUGAGCCUGGCUCGUCCAUUAUGCCUGGAAAGGUGAACCCCACGCAGUGUGAGGCCAUCACAAUGGUGUGUGCGCAGGUCAUGGGCAACCACGUCGCUGUGACGGUGGGUGGCUCGAACGGUCACUUCGAGCUGAACGUGUUCAAGCCCGUAAUGAUCAGCAACUUGCUGUCGUCAAUCCGCCUGAUUGGUGACAGCUGUAACGCGUUUACGGACAACUGCGUGGUAGGCAUCGAAGCGAACCGCGAGAAGAUUGAUCAGCUUAUGAAGAACUCGCUCAUGCUCGUCACGGCGCUAAACCCGCACAUUGGCUACGACAAAGCCUCCAAGGUGGCUAAGAAGGCGCACCAGGACGGUGCCACCCUACGUGAGACCGUCAUUGCUCUCAGCUACUUGACUGGUGAGGAGUUUGAUCGCUUUGUACGCCCCGAAGAGAUGGUUGGCCCCAAGUAA